AUGCACAUUCCAACAGUGCGAUCCCUGAUGAAGGCCGCUUACUUACGAAUUUGUCAAGGCGAAUCUGUUCCACCAGGCCAAGCUGCACUGCUACUUUCUGUUUUUGCUCUUGGCGCAUUUUUCUGUCAAAAUUUGGAUAAUCAUAAAAUAGUGACAAGUGACCGUGAUGCUAGCCAACUUUCCAGCUUCUUGUGCAAGGAAGCUCUGGAUGUGUUGGACUAUUCGCAUCAGAAUGCUUCGGGCACUAUAGAAGACGUACAAGCGCUGAUUCUUAUGUGUUAUGUCACCUACCAUCUUGAUGGUUUUUCAGCAAGAUAUCGUCUGUUGCUGGCGCAGGCCUCCUCGAUUGCUAGGGACCUUCGUUUACACAGAUUAGAUGCCAAUGAUCAUUUAUCUGAGAACGCUGAGGUCAGAACCCGGGAGCUGGUUGAACGCGAAGUAAAAAGACGAGUUUUCUGGCAUAUAGCAGCAACAGACUGGUUACAGUCAGUCAUUUCUGGACCCCAAGAAGGUACAUAUUUUAUUCACCCACAACAUGUGAAUGUCCGACUCCCAAGAGAUUGCAACGACGAUGAAAUAUGCCUAGGUGAGAAUAAUGACCUAGUAGUAGAGCCUCAGCCAACUGGCAUGACCUUCUUUCUUGAAAGAGUUCGACUUUCACAUAUCUGCCGCGAAGCGACUGAUAUACUUCCAUUGGAGACAUCAAAACUGGUACAAAUUCCCUAUGAGCAGAUCAUUCUUUUAGACAAGAAGUUCCAAGAUUUUUUUUCAAGUUUACCAUUUUUCUUUCGAAUUGAUUCUGAAAGUCGCCAAAAAAGCAAGCUUCUCGAGAUUGUUUACACCAACAUUGGCAUUAUGCGAUACUGUAUUACAACAGCGGCUCAUAGCAGACGAUGUAGACUGCAUCAAAGAUUUCUCCUUAGGCAGUUCUUCAAUAACAGUUAUGCUUACUCAAGGAAAGCGUGCUUAGAAUCGGCACGAGCAAUCAUUCAGAUCCACGAGGAUCCACUACGAAAGGAGGACUCGACACCUAGGACAAAGGCACAGACGGGCAUGGCAGUGCACUUUAUACACCUAGCGCUUGUGGUCAUGGUAAUGGACUUAUGCAUUAAUAAAGAUAUACCUGGCGAGGAAGGAAGAAAGGAAGAAGUAAAGGCAACUUUGGAAAUACUUGAAAGGGCCAGAGAUAUUUCUCCCAUUCUUGGACGAUCAUUAGACUCGCUCUAUGAGGUUUUACGGAAGUAUAACGUUUCUCUGUCGGUAACAUUAUCCGCAGAUGCAAAGGAAGUGCCUGAACUUACCCCAGAUACUGAAAUUGGCAGCCUCGAUCCUUUGUAUCAUGUGUACAUGCAGUCGACCCAGCUUGAAUUACACGGAUUGGGUCCGGGUACCAAUUUCGAUGGGGUUUCACAAAACUCGCCUCAAUUUGAAGCCAACCUCGACUUGAUUACUUGGGAUAACCUUUUCUCGGCGGUGGAUUCACGACCUUUUUGA